UAAAAAGUUAUCUAACAAUUCAAUAAUCCUGAAUUAAAUUCAUCAAGACUUUUCUUUAAUAUUCAAAUUUCAACUGAACUGCGUGUGAAUUGACGUUGAAAAAUGUGAAGGAUUUUAUUUGUUAUCAAAUUAAUGCUUAAUGUACCUGGUAAAAGUUGUGAACGUUUAAUCCGCCCCUCCCCUCCACUUUGAGAUGUUAUCGAUAUUGGCGGAAACAGAAGUUGCAUCUGUAUUUUUCUAAACGAAUGAGUACAACAGAAAUUUUAUGAAAAAAUAAUACGAAAUAUGACAGAGAGCCGUCCGAUUGUUGUAUGACACAAGUUUCUGUGAAAUGAUAGAUAUAUUUUUUUGUACUUGAUGUAUUUCAAUUAUUGUUAUUUUUUCUUUACUAAUUAUGAUAUGGCAAUAACUUCUCUGAAUUUUCAAUGUGUUAAACAUUGAAUUGAAUGUCAUUCAACUUUGAUAAUGAGUCUGAAAAUUCCACGUUUCUCUGAAAAAUCAAUGGUUACACUUUUUUUUUUUAAUUUUCCAGGUGAAUGAGAAAUUUUGUGCAUAGUUUGAAUUGGAAGUGAAUUAAAGUCCAUACCAUUGAAAAUUCAGAUGUCAUUGUUAUUGAAAUUUUAAGGAAUUUCUAACAGUGUGAUUUCGUCCGAAAUAUCCGUCACAGAAAUUCGAAGGAAAAUUGAAGUUGAACUUCAAUAAAAUUCUAUUAAAUUUUCCUAUGCGUGAUUAAUUAGUACUUCAAUUAUUGUAAGUGAGUAAUAAUAUAUUGAGAAAUUAUAUAACUGGGAUUAAUUAUGCACUCCCUGGCAAUUAAUAAUUUUAACAAAAAAGAACCAAUAGUGCGUGACAAAACGAAGGUAAGACCGUUGUGAGGCGGUGUGGAGGCGGGGACCUUUUUUUAAAAUAAAUUUUCCAAUCUUUUUGCUCUCCUGAUUGAUAUUUGGCAUUCUAUGAAAAAUCUAUUUACUCUAUGUUAUACAUAUUUCAUUUCUCCUGUUUAUCCCUCUGAGUGAAUUUCUUGAAAAAUCAUCCGAUAUUCCACACCACCACACGACGUCCUUUACACGACUUUAUUCGGAUGAAUUAUUUUUCUAAUGCAUGAUAUCGAUAAUUAUUUCAAUUCUCACGAUAUAAUAGCUUGUCGUACCCCGUGAUUAAUUAUAGUGCACAUUUUACAAAUCAUUCGGUAAUGCUUUUUUUUGCAAAUUGAAAUUCUAUCCAGCGAUUAACAAACGCAUAUCUACUAGUUUUUUUAUUUUUCACGGGAAAUUACCAAUUAUUUUUUAACUAUAUUAGUCAACUUCGCCAUGCUUACUUCAAUGGGUUAUUUAUUUUUUUAAAUAUAUUUUUUUGUCAUGUAUGCUAGGGUGAAAAAAAACCAAAGAAAUCCGUAAAGCAUAUUAUGAAAUUUAUUAAUUUGUUUUAUAUUUACAUGUCAUGUAAAACAUCGAUUUUCUUUUUCAUUUUCGAACGGUGAAUUUUAUGAGAAUUUUAAAACUACUUAUACUUUAAUACGGCGUUUUAAUAAGAUUCCACACCAUCAUUUCCCCUCAAUCCGUUUCAUGUGAUAUAAAUAAUUUUCUAUGUGAUAUUGUCAUUUAGUAAAGUACUUCUUUCCAUAUAGAUGUAUGAGCUACUAAAAUAUGUUCUCCAAGAGAGGCGCAAUCGUCCACAAUGGUUGGACCUCGAUUAUUUAUUAUACAUUAACUUGAUUCCAAUGACACGAGGCAUGAUAUUGAGGAACAAAUGAACAAUUAAUAAAUUCUAUUAUAUUUCAUUUCUCAUUAUUCCAAGAAAAAAUGCAAAAGAAAUCCACAAUUACCAUCUGGAAAAGUUUUUCAUUUUCAAUUAUUAUAUUUUGCUAUUCGAUUAAAAUGCCAGAAUAGAUAGUGAAUCAAUGUCAUUAUUUUGCUCGUUAUUAAGAAAAAUACUGAUUUUUUAAUUUUCCAGAGCCAUUGAAAAAUCGAAAUUUUCAUAGUCCUGAACUUUUCUCUUUGUGCAAAUACCAAAAAUCUAAAAAAAAAAUACUGAAGAAUACAGCGACUUUGCCUUGUUAUAGGAGAUUGAACAAAGUGCCAAGAAUUAUAUUAACAGAAAAAUUUAUAAAUAUAAGUUAUGGAAGUAACGAUAAUGUGAGGUAUAUUCCGAAUGAGCUUUUAACUUCUAAAGUUCUGAAAAUAUUAAUUAAUGUUCUUGACGAAAAAUAUGCGACGUGGCGGUCACCAGUCAAUCUAUUCUCGCACAACUCUCAAGCUUUAUUUUAAUGUUUUUAGUAUGAAAGCCACCGAAACCUCGCUUUACUUCGAAAAUGAAACAGCAAAUAAUGUUAAUAUAUGUAAACGAGUGUGAUAUCAACUUGUGAGUUGAAUUUCUGUAAUUCUAUAAAGAUAUAAUAAAGUAUGUUCGCAUAAUUCCUAUGGAGAGAACCUCGGGAAAUCACCCGAUGACUAUUUAUAGAUGCCAUUGAGAUACUUAUGGUACGAAAAAAAACCGAAAGGAGGGAGAUUGUUUUUUACAUUAUUCUGUCGAAUUUUUUCAGUUUAAAACAGAUUUCACCCCACAUUAAGUAAAGUAAAGUAAAGUUGAAUGAAAAUUCAACAAGCUUUUCUGUUCAAUGUUUCAACUUUGUUCAUCACUGUUUCGUUUAAUUUGAUAAAUGGCUACAAACCGCACGUGGUAAUCUAUUGUUUAUAUUUCAAAUAUUUACCACUCUUGAAUUUCCUAAUUUACAUGGAUGAUCUGGCCAAUUACAUAAGUAGCCCAAACCCUGAAGAAAAUGACUCAAAACAUCGAAAUUUUGAGUGUCACAAUACCGCAUAAAUUUUUUGGAGGUAUCGAAAGGUGAAACUGGCUGCUCUGCUCUUCUUUAAGGAAGAGAUAUUUUUAACCCUUCUAAUUUUAACACUAGAUAAUAGAUGAUGCAUUGAGAUGAUUAUCUUUAUUCAAUUCAUUCUGUUACUUCGUUCUUAUUCACAUUUAUGAUUUUGUCAAGGAUGAUGAAAUUUAUCAUACAUGGAGAAAAAUAUUCAAUGAAAAUUAGGUAUUUUUUGGUGAAUAAAGCAGAACGCAACUGAAACUGAAAUACUGGGCAAACCGCACUCAUGUUUUUAAACAUUCGAUAGAAUGGUUUAUCUCCUUCGGAUGACCCUGAACCUUCUACAUAGAAUCAUUACAAAGUCAACAUAAUGAUAAAAUCAUGUUUCCCACUCAUUUCACUAUAAUUUAUGCUUGCAAAUGCAUAACGCAAAGUUUCCCGAAAUUUCAAUGUUUUCAAUGCCUCUUUAUAUUGCGUGAACAAUAACGUAACUGUAUAUAAUUGAGAUUGAACUAUUUUAACGGUUAAUGAAUGUAUCCCAGCUCGGUGGGAGAGUCGAGGAUACGAGCAAACUUCGUCGCGUGAUGCUAUUUCGGUAAUGCUGAGGGACCACUCUGAUCAGUCUGUCGCCUGGUAGCCUCACAGGGAGGGCUGUUCUACUGUGCAUUACGGUUUUCAAAUGUUCACUUUGAAAAUAUUUAUGAAAUACUAUUGAUCUCUACUUUCAUGCGCUAUUCCUAUAAAAUUAUUGAUUCGGAACGAAAGAUGGGGAGAUAUUGAUCGAGUGAGAUGCAUUUUGGCGAAAUUUUUCAAGGUUGAAAGAGUGAUCAUUACGCAUAACGUCGAAAAUGUUUUGGUCUGAACCGGACGAAGAAGAGGAGGCGCUCCUCUGCAGUCCGGCUCUUAUGGCCAGGAGAGCCUCCGAGUCGUGGAUUGUAGCACCUCCCGUUGAGGCAAUACCAGUGAAUUCGAUGCCCCUGCAGAGGAAGAAAUCUCUACCGGAUGUUGCCGGACCAAUUCAAUUGACUGCAACUUCUCCGUUAUCCAGGGAAGAGGUCAGUGUUCUUAGCAGUAUGAGGCGAGAAGAAAUACGACGACAAAUCGACGAAAGCGAGAGACUCAGGGCUAAUCCCCUGCUUUAUUUAGUCAGUCCGCAGGUCAAAGACUGGUUUUCCCGACAACAAUUGGUAAUGUUGGUUUUAUUCAUCAACAUAUCGCUGGCUCUCAUGUUCUUCAAACUUCUAACGUAGCAGCCGGCCAGUGAAAAAUUCUACAAGUGCGUUUUAAAUACAACCUGAGAGAAUAAAGUCCAACGAUGGGAAAGUGAUGAUCUUUUGAUUAAACUGUAUCGAGCUCUGACGGAAAAAAUAAACUAAAAACGAAAAAAAUUGUUUCCAGCUACAGAUUAGAGGGAUGACUCUACUUUCUUCGAGAAGGUAAUUGUCAUCGUCAUAAUACCGGCAACAGUUAUCACUAGAAUGGAAAAUAGUAAGCCAAACAAUAAGAUAAAAUAAUGGAGUGAAAAGUGGGAAGGAUGAAUACGUCGUCAUAAAAAAAAUUGUAUUUGUAUGAGGACUGGUUGAUUUUUGAAGCAAUGAAAUAAUGAAACGGACGCAACCCCACUGAAAUUUGCAUAUUGACGAAAUAAAAAGCGUGAAAACUUUAUGAUAAACUAAUGACACAUGAGCGCCAAUGAUUUUGUGAAAAACCUCAUUGAAUUUGUGACGUUCAGUGUUAAAUUUUGACGAAUCAAAAUCUAAAUGGAAUAUAUAUAUAUAUAUUUAUUUUAAUUUAUAUAUAUAUAUAAAUAUAUAUAAAUUAAAAUAAAUUAAAUUAAAUUAUACAGUUUCGAUACAGAAACAGCAGAUGUGGGCUAUACCCUCACUUUUAUAAAGUUUAUAAGUAUUUACUUGGAAGUUUGAUAGAUGAAAUGUUUGAUAGAGCCAGGAUUCGCAGGUACUUUAACAAAAAAAAAUGAAAGACCGAAGAUGGAUUGCUGCAGGUUAAAUAUCUGAAGAAGCUUGUUACUGUAAAUAAAUAUACCUUAAAAAAUUUUCUUAAAGAAUUGAAUUGUAUACUUGUGUGAAUGACAGUAAAGAGUUUUAAGAGGAAAAGAGCCCUUUGGCUAGCAUCAACGAAGGGACAGCUUGUCAAUAAUAACGCUAAUAAAAAAAUGUAUCCAAAUAAGAGGUACCGCGUGCCUUCUAUGCCUUCCAAUUGUCUUAUCAUGUUUCAAAUUUCAUUUAUCUUAAUCUGUAAUUAAAUUGGUCGUCUUUGCAUCGAAAAAAAAAUGAUAAAUCAUUUCUAUUGCAGAAAAACAAAAUAAGGAAGAGGAUAAACUUGUCCCUUGAAGUAGUAAAUUGUCCGUAAAAAGAGAAAGAAUGGAAAAUUAACCCGAAAAACGUCGUAUGUAAAAGAAGAAAAACUAUUGUCUCCUCUAUUUUUUGUUUAUGAUAGAUGUUUGCAGCUAUUUGUCAACGAAUUGUGUUUUUUUUUAAGAAUUGCUAUUUUUAUUAGUUCAUAUAAUGUGAGUGGGCCAAGGGGAACAAAAUGGGAACAGUUGCCGUGAAUUAUUUGAUAUUUUGUUGAAAUUGGGGUACAUUUUCCAAUAAAAAUUUCACUGAAACCAUCUAAAACAAUAAAUUUUCGACGCAGUGAUGUACAUUACUCAGCACAAUUUGUAAAUAUUAGCUAAUAAUUGGAUAUAAUGAAUUAUACAGUGCCAAAUGGACAAUUAAUGAGUUACCUGAGCUCAACUCAUAAAUUCGCCAAUUUUAUGCGAUUUUCCGUCGACACCUCUUGACUAUUCUUCGAACAAAUCCCCUCGAAAUGAUGAAAUUAUUUUAAAAAAUUGUUGAAUGUCCUUGGAAAUUAGUGAAAUGGGAUGGUGAUAUAUUUGUGGUGCCAAGUCGAUAAUUAUUUUUUUCUCAUUGACAAUUGAAAAUCAAUAUUUAUUGUUAUUGGCUUUAAGUUUUUCGAAUUAAUAAUAAUGACAGGGACGCAAUUAAAAAAUGAUAUGUAUGAAUUUUAUUAUUAAACUUCUACACUUAGAUCUUGAUCUGCAUAUAUAUAUAUUUGGUAUAUGUAUGGAAAGCAAAAUUGUUAUCAGCUUUAAUUUUCAUUGCGCCAAGGAGGAUAGUGUAAUAUCGUUAAUUACUCUUAAUUAUUCACUAUUUAUCAUUCUAAUGCUAGGAUCAUAUCACAACAAAUUGCCAUUAUACACGUAAUAAAAAAAAUGAAUAAAUAAAAUAUAUUUACACGAAACGAAACAAGAAUGUUGAGUUAAAAUUGUAUAAAUGAAAUUUCUGAUUUACUACGGGCGCAAAGAAGAAAAAAUAAUGAGCAAAGCACGAAUAAUUUGUUAAUUUACAAUGACCGGAAAACUCAAUAAACUUAUAUCAUAUUUCACAGAAA